AUGGGACUCAACAAGAACGACUCGAUCUUGAUCGUUGGAGCGGGAGUCUUCGGGCUCUCAACUGCCCUGGAGCUCGCUCGUCGAGGGUACAUCAACAUCACCGUUCUGGACCGCUACGCUCCACCGGUCCCAGACGGCAGCAGUGUCGACAUCUCACGCAUCAUCCGAAUCGACUAUGCCGACCCUCUAUACGCAAAGAUGGCCCGUGAGGCAUACACGGGUUGGAACGCCGAGUAUAAAGAUUUCUUCGAUGCGUCCGGCUACGCCAUCCUCUCGGAAGCCCCGGGACAUCCGUACAUCGAGAAAUCGAAACAGAUCAUCCAGCAAGCCGGCGGGAAAGUCGAUGUGUUCAACAAUAUCGACGCACUGAAGACAAUCCGCCCAGCUGUCCAAGCCCACUUUGCCUCUGCCCAUGGCUACCACAACCCCAUCGGCGGCUGGGCCAACGCCGAAGGCGCCAUCCAACAUCUGGCAGCGCAGUGCAGCGCCGCAGGCAUCUCCUUCAUCACCGGACCUCGCGGUACCGUCCAGUCCCUCCGCAUGUCCGGGGACCGCGUCACCGGGGUAAACAUUACCAAUGGCUCGCACAUCUCCGCAUCCCACGUCAUCCUCAGCACGGGCGCCUGGUCUCCUCGUCUGCUUGACCUCUCCCACGCCGCCUCUGCGUCCGGCCAGCCCGUCGGCUUCAUCCAACUCACUCCAGAAGAGGCUACCGCAUUGCAAAAGUCUCCCGUAAUUGUCAACCUGACGAACGGCGUCUUCGCCUUCCCGCCAACCCCGGGAUCUAAUAUCCUCAAACUGGCCCGCCAUGGCUUCGGGUUCGCGACGGCUCAGAAGUCCCAGGUCACAGGGUCGAUCGUGUCUGGGCCCAAGAGAGACGAAAGUAAUGCGGCGACGGGGUACUUGCCGCAGGAUGCUGAUCAGGGGCUGAGGGACGGACUGAGGCAGUUGUUUCCUGCCCUGGGGGAUCGUCCGUGGUUGGAUCGGAGAAUGUGUUGGUAUACGGAUACGCCGAAGGGUGAUUUCAUUGUCGACUGGCAUCCACGCUUCGAGGGGCUGUUUGUGGCGAGUGGUGGGGCUGGACAUGCGUUCAAGUUUCUGCCCGUGUUAGGGAAAUAUGUGGCGGAUUGUGUGGAAGGAAAGGCGGAGGCGGCGUUGAGGGAGAAGUGGAGGUUGACGAUGCCUAAGGGGACAGGCAUGGAGGAGGUCAAUAUGGCUGGGGAUGGGAGUCGAGGGGGACCUCCGCUGAGGAGAUUGAGUAUGCUGGAGCAAGCGAAGCUGUGA